GUAAAGAACCUUUCCCAGAAUCCUUCUCUUUGACCUCCUCUUUACUACUUUGUUCCAGGAUUUUGUUGUUUGUGAUCCUGCCCUGCCAUUCAGUGUUGAGAAUAGACUGCAAGUUCAUUGUGGGCAGGGCAUUUGUCUACCAACUCUAUUUACUGUACUCUCCAAGACCUUAGUACGGUGUUUUGCUUGCUUAAUAAAUACCACUGAUUGAUUGAUUGAGUAUAACCCAUGAGGAACGCUGAUGGAACCACUCAAGGACUCACAUGCAGUGUCCUUGUAAUUUGUUCAGUCACUCUCACAAGCACUAAGCACAGUGCUCUGCAUACAGCAAGCACUCAAUCAAUGUCACUGAUUGAUGUCUGUGAGAAGUCCAGGUCUCCCAAUCAGAGAGAAGGUUGGAUAGCUCUUCCGCUCUGUAUGCUUUUAUCUUGGCCUGAAGUCUGAUGUCCCUCUGUCGCCAUACUCCGAAAGUCUCCUGCCCUUCUCCAACUCCAUGUCUAUUCUUGCAUCGUUGGUCAGUGUACUAUCCAAAUCACAAAAUUCUGUGACAGCAUUUGCUCCGAUAUACAUGGUUUCUGUGGUGCAGCCUGAAACACGACUCCGGUUUUCUUUAGACUUACGAGCCUGUAAUGCCCAGCUGAUUCUGCGAAGUGGUUUUCAGUCAUUUGCAUGUUUUCUUGGGUGUGUGCCUCUAGGGUGCAACCAUCUGCAUAUGGCAAUUCUUAUCUGAUGGUGUCUAGGAUCUUGGAUGAGUUUUCUUGAGGAGUGGAAGUGGAUUCUCAGACCUGCGUCCAGGUCUCUUGUUGCAUUUUCUGGCGUGGCUGCACAGAAUGCAUGAACCAGGACCCGGCCCUCUACUCAUCCCCUCAGUCCCCUGGCGAAGGGGCAUGGAGGAGGCUCCGACCCUCGGCUCUGACCCUCGGCUCCGACCCUCAGUUCUGACCCGGCCAGUCAGGCCGUCAUGGAGCAGUCUCACAGGCUUCACUUUUCAGGCAGUCAAAUUUACUAUGUAAGUGCCAGAGUCCAGCUUUACUUAUUUCAAAAGCCCCCAUGAGGUCUAUGAAAACUACACAGAAUACCUGGUGCUGUUCCUGGCCCAGCUCCUGAAUCUGGCACCCUGCCAAGUUUGCAUCUGCUGUGAUCUGAAGCCCCAUUGUGAUUCUGGGGGGCGGGGGAUGGACAUGUUCUCCAGUUGCUGAUCUGGGAGGACUCUAAUCACGAUCUCACCUAACGAGUUACCUCAAUAACCUCUGCGACCCAAGCGACGACUGGACAUUUCUUUCUCCGAGACUUUGGGCUGGGCCUGGUGGAGUCAUCAAGGCUGGUUCAAUGCAAAUGACUAGGAGAUAAAAAGGAGCCCUUGUAGACAAGAGAAGACACCAUGGGCACAACAUCUAGUGGCACCCCCAAGACCCAUUCCAAAGCGUGGCUGCCAGAGACCAGCGCCGAGGCAUCCCAGGCGAUGACCCACAAUGCAGCCGCAGCCCCAGCCACCGCCAACUACCUGCACCGAGGACAGGAUCCAACACGCCCUGGAGCGGUGUCUGCAUGGGCUGAGUGUUGAGCCACUCUCUUCUUCCUGGUCAGCCGGGCUCUGCCUGAACCGCUGGAGCCUGCAGGAGCUGGUGGGAAGGGAUCCAGACCACUUCCUCAUCCUUCUCGAGCAAAUCUUGCAGAAAACACGAGAGGUGCAGGAGAAAUGCUGCUAUGACCUCUUCAUUCCCCUGGCCUUGCUCUUCUACUCCACGGUGCUGAGUACCCCACACUUCCCCGAGGACUCAGACCUCCUCCUGCAGGCAGCCAGCAUCUACCAUGGUUUCCUCACCUGGCCCAUGCCCUACUCAAGCGUCUGCCGGGAGCUGCUGACUGUCAUCGAGGCUGAGCGCCGGGCACCAGGAGUCUCCUUCCAGCGGCUGGUGCGUUCCGAGCAGGGCCUGGUCGUCAACAAGCACCGGAGUUCCACCCUCACGGUCUUGCUGCUGAACCCCGUGGAGGUGCAGGAGGAGUUCCUGUGUGUGGCUCGGCAACUGAGCGCCCCUGCCUGCUCGCCCCACGGCGCCCACGUCACGCUGCUCCAGCACGUCUACCAGGCUGCGUUCGGCGCCGGCUGCGACCUGGCCGCGCUGGGGGCCGCGCUGCAGGCCAAGACUGAGACCGAGCUGGCCGAUAUCUUCGCCGACACCACCGAGGCUCAGGAGGCGGCGUCCGGCUCCGGGGACCCCGCCGAAGCCAGGCAGUGGCUGAGCCGGAGGCUGCAGGCCAUAGGGGAGAGAGCCGGCUUCCCACGGAUUGCAGAGAAGGCCCCAGCUCGGAAAUUGCGGACCAUCCCCAUGCCUGUAGCCAGAUGUUACACUUACAGCUGGAAUCAGGACAGCUUCGAGAUCCUGAAUGAGCUCCUGCUCCAGGAGGGCGAGCUGCUUCAUAUCGGGGACACCAAGGCGGAGGCCGUGGAGUCCGAGGCGGAGGCCUUGGAGGCAGAGGCGGAGGAGACGGACAGUUGCUUCCUGGAACGGGACUCCCGACUCUCCCCCGACAGCGCCGUGUCCCAGGACCUGCGGGACGCGCAAACCCGGGAGACCCCCUCGGCCCCCUGGGGCCCCCGGGAUUUCGACUCGGGGCUCUCCAGCAGGGCCCUAGCAUCCUUCGUCUCCGGCCUCUCGGACCACACGGACAGCGGCUACGUGGAGGACAGUGAUGAGAGUUCCCCGGACCGGUUAGGCGGGCUGGGGGCCCCGGGUAGGUUUGGGGACCCCGGAAGCUCCCUGCGACCCGCCCGGAGGCUCCACAGAUUCUGCAAACUCUUCAAGCGUCCGAGCCCGGGGCUGCCUUUGCGCCGGGCGGGCAGCCUUUGCAGCCCCUUACCGCCCCCGGCCCGGGCCCAGCGCUCCCUCUCGCUGCCUCAGCACGUCCUCCGGGCCCAGCUCCCGGCCCGGCAUCGGCCCGCCGUCCCGGGCUACCGGCGCCGCCCCUUCCUCAGCAGCGACGAGGACCCCAAGGGUUCGACGCUUCGGGUCGUGGUGUUCGGCUCCGACCGCAUCUCGGGGAAGGUGGCCCGAGCCUACAGCGAGCUCCGGCGCCAGGAAAGCAGCCGCCCCACCCUGACCCGGUACUUCAAGCUGCAGUUCUUCCACAUCCCAGUCAAGCGGAGCCCCCUGCCUGGCCUCCCCACCCCCACCUGCACAGACUCCUGCAGGCUCCACGGCUCCGGGGAGCUGACCCCGCCCCGGCCCGCUCUGGAGGAGAGCACCAACAACAUCUCCCACCUUCUGGGUGCGCUGGACCCUUGGUAUGGGUGCAACGUGCUGGACCUCCUGCACCUGCCGGUAGACGUCCUGUGCCAGCAGCCACGGCCGCCGGAGGUCCCCGAGCGAGCUCCGGGCGGGGCUCCGGGCCGGGCUGCGGGGCGGCUGCCCAUCCUGGCCGACGUGCUGCUCUACUACUGCCGCUUCGCCACGCGGCCCGUGCUGCUGCAGCUCUACCAGACCGAGUUGACUUUCCUCGGAGGCGAGACGAUGACGGAGAUUUUUCUCCAGUCGCUGGAGCUGGGUCAUUCUGCCGCCACCAGAGCCAUCAAAGCUUCCGGUCCGGGGAGUAAGAGGCUGGGCAUCGACGGGGACAGCGAGGCCGUCCCGCUAACACUAAAGGUCGCCUACAGCACGACUGCGGUCAGCGGGCGCAGCCGCUGGACCCACCUGGAGAAGAUUUGCACCUCGGUCAAUCUGAACAAGGCCUGUCGGAACCAGGAGGAGCUGGGCUGCACCACCGACUCUCUGACGCUGACCCUGACAGAAGUGGUGAAGCGACAAAAUUCUAAAUGCAAGAAGAAUUGCAACCAGCUCAGUACGAUGCAGGUCACAGUGGACAAGGUGCAAGUCAUCGGUUCCAGCAACUGCCCCUUUGCUGUGUGUCUCGAUCAGGAUGAGCAAAAAAUCCUGCAGAGUGUGAUCAGCUUCCCGAUUCUUUGCCACACCCUGGAGCAGGAGCUGGGCCCGGUCCGGAAUCCCCCCGCAUUCAGUGUAUCCCAUCUGGCAGCGCGACAGGACCCAGGGCUACUGUUCAGCUUGCAAGUGCUGGCAAGGGGUGGAGAGCUGGAUUGGAACCAGGCGUUUUGGACUUUGCUCCCCUCAAUUCGUUUGUGCCAGGAUUGUUUCAGGGUGCCCUCUGCCCUUCAGGCUGCUUCCCCACUCUGCGGAGAGGACAGCAGGAGCCUGGGAACGCCAAGAGAUGAGACAGUGCCAGGUAGACGUUCCCAGACACCCACACAUGCACGCACACACGCUAAGGAUGAGACAGCCUGGAUUCAGGACCAAGAAAAUGUGUGGAGGAAUUGAUUCCAGCCCUGAUGGCCUGCAUAGUGCCACUCAAACGGUCUUGCCCCCACCCGUCACGUUCCUGCUGGAGCAAUGGACACAAUAGACUAGUACUGGCAAGUGCACGGUGGGUGGGGGGAGCGGGGAGCGGGGGGAGUGUGUGGCAAAGAGAGGCUCUUCCACCCAGUGAGAUGCCUCAGGCUAGCUCCUGAGCCUGGCCUGUUGGUGACAGUUAAGUAUGGGUGCCUGUGGCCAGAUCCUGAGUUUGACUGAGACCCCUCAGUCUCCCCGCAGCCCUUGGGCAUGGUCAAGCUCAGCUAGAACUUCUGGCUCUUUCAUUUCCCGUACUGGGUGGGACUCAUCAUUUUCUCCCAGUCCCCAUGCUGGGCCAGAACACCUCAGUCUCCUUUGGUCCCCAGGCUGGGGUGGGCCGAGCUGGGCAGGGAAUGUGUCUAUUUGUCAUUAUAUCGUACUCUCCCAAGCACUUUUAGUACAGUGCUCUGCACGUAGUAAGCACUCAAUAAAUGUGGUUGAUUGAUUGAUUUUACUUGGUCUGCAGGGCUUGAGGACAGGUGGCUCCCACUCCCCUAGGCCCUCCAGUUUAAGUGGGUGAUGCUUUCCAGGAUCCUGGGGUGGGGCUGGGCUGCCAGGGUGCCAGGUCUGGCUGACCAGAUCUGGGGUGACUCCCCGCGUCAGGAAGAAGUCCACCUGGAAACCCCCACUGGGCUCAAAAAGGGUGACCGUGUCUGAGCUCUGGGCAGUGCCAGGACUCUUUAGCUCUCCUUGGCCCUGACACCACUCAUCAUCCAAGUGGGCCAAGCCACCGCUGCUGCCAUAGCAGCAACCUGGCUUUGGAAUCAAUGUCUGCUAGUGCCUGUCAGCCCCUGCUGCCAGCCCCGGAUCCAGCCUGGGUGCCUGGCAGCAAAGAGCAUCGUGAGCGGUGUCUCCCUCAGCCCUGGCCCUGGGCCCUCACCCUGC